CCGACCGCCCACGAAACGGCCCCAGAAGUCCCCACCGCGCCACCCUCAGCCGCGCCUCUUCCUGCUCGCCCUGUCUACUACCUCAAAUGGCCGCUCUCGCCAGGAGGUCCCUUGCCACCGCCGUCUGGAUCGCCGAUGCCGCUGCGUGGUUGCUGGCGAUUGCCGUCGUGGCGCUCUUGCUGCUAUGCUCGCUGCGGGAGGGACCAGCGUCGGGCGAGCCGAUCGGGGGGGCGCCGGUCCGUGGCGGGAGGCUGAUGGAGCGGCGGUGCGACGAGAUUUACGUGGUGGGGGAGGGGGAGACGCUCCACACCAUCAGCGACAAGUGCGGAGAUCCCUUCAUCGUGGAGCGCAACCCGCAUAUCCACGACCCCGACGACGUCUUCCCCGGCCUCGUCAUCAAGCUCCUCCCCUCCGAGCCCAAAUAGAUGGGUGCAUACAUAACGCUGCUCUGCUACUCUCCGCUCUUCUCUUUCACACGAAUAUAGGAUUUUGCACACCAUACCAUCAAUUCAGUAGAAAUGAACAUAUAGAUUGAAGAUGGAAUGGUUUCUUUUCCGUUCUGUAAUCUGUUUCCUUUUCUCGUGUCUGAUGAUGGAAGAUGAGAAAAAACGAUGAAUCGAGUUUCAAAGUUUGGUCAACGAACCAUCGUUCCUCGGUUUCA